GGAGAAUCCGAGGUGGUGGUGCACCCGACCCGAGUCGCGAGCGGGACGCAGCAGGCAGCAGCACUAGAGCAAUGCUGGUUCUAGCUAGCGCGUCAACGUCAGAGCCGCAUCGCCUUUUUAAUUUGCUGCUCCACUCCACCCCCACCACCUCGCUAAGCAAACCACGCCGCUGCUUUCCAAUUUCUACGCCCAUCGCCCGUGGUUCGGCCUAAUCCUCCUCUCUUUACUUUGUUCGUGAGUGCCGCCGACGACGACGGAGGAAAAGCUAGGGGAGCUAGCGAGUGAGCCCAGACAUCCUCCUCUAAGAUUAGCUUUUAGCUAGCACUAGCUAGCUAGCUCGAUCAUCUGUCGGUCGGUCCGGCGCGCGCGAGACCAUGGCGUCCAUCAUCGUCAUCGCCGUCGUGCUCGUCCUGGACGUCCUCGCCUUCGUGCUCGCCAUCGGCGCCGAGCGGCGCCGGAGCUACGUACGUGAGCAGCUCUGUUAAUCCGUUCGCUUGAUUGGCAACUUGUUGCGCGUACUCAGACCCUCUCUCUCUCUCUCUCUCUCUCUCUCUCUCUCUCUCUCUCUCUCUCUCUCUCUCUCUCUCUCUCUCUCUCUCUCGAUCGAUCCAUUCGAUUCCAUGUGUUGGCGACUCGAUCGUGUCGUGCGUGCUGCACGCGCAGGCCAACGUGACCGCCGCCGACUCGUCCGGGCGUGCCUACUGCGUGUACAGCUCCGACGCGUCCACGGCGUACGGCGUGAGCGCGCUGCUGCUGCUGCUGGCCGCGCAGGCCGUGGCCAUGGCCGCCACCCGCUGCUUCUGCUGCGGCCGCGGUCUCUCGCCGGGCCGCUGGCGGGCAUGGUCCGGCACCUGCUUCAUCAUCUGCUGCGCAGGGUGACGUUCGUGAUCGCGGAGCUGUGCCUGCUGGCGGGGUCGGUCCGGAACGCCUACCACACCAAGUACGUCUCGCUGUUCAGCAACGCCCCGCCCCGGUGCGCCGUGCUGCGGAGGGGAGUCUUCGCCGCCGGCGCCGCCUUCGCCUUCCUCACCGCGCUCCUGGCCGAGCUGCACUACCUCUUCUACGCCAGGGCGCGCGCCGCCGCCGCCGUGCCCCCGCCCAUCGUCGGCGGCAUCGGCAUGACCCGCAUGUGAUGUGACUCUGUAUUUUGUGGCAGCUGCCCCGCCGGCGCUUGGCUGCGUGCUUUGUACCGUGUGUUCAUGCCUUCCACGGGGCCUUUUUGGCGAACCUGCCGUGUGCUCUCUGUGCUUCUCCCA